AUGUCGUCCGGAUUGACCACUGUGUUCUCCAAGGAUGCCUGCCCUCCUGCGGGCCCGUACAGCCAGGCCAUCAAAGCCGCCGGGCAGAUCUGGGUAGCAGGUCAGAUCCCCGCGGACUCGACGGGAAAGCUCGUCGGGGGUUCCAUUGCAAACCAGACGGAGCAGUGUUGCAAGAACAUCAAGGCGAUCUUGGAAGCCGGCGGGAGCGAGUUGGGCAAGGUCGUCAGGGCCGGGGUCUUCAUAUCCGACAUGAAGCACUUUGGAGAGAUGAACGCCGUGUAUGAGAAGUACUUCUCGCACAAGCCGGCGAGGACUUGCGUUGCCGUGCGGGAACUGCCCAAGAGUGUCGACGUCGAGAUCGAGGCCAUCGCUCUUCAAUAA